AUGGAAAAUCAACUGGCUAAAUCCACUGAAGAAAGGACAUUUCAGUACCAAGAUUCCCUUCCAUCACUGCCUGUUCCUUCACUUGAAGAAUCAUUAAAAAAAUACCUUGAAUCAGUAAAGCCAUUUGCAAAUGAGAAAGAAUAUAAAAAUACUGAAGCAAUUGUCCGGAAAUUUCAAAAUGGUAUUGGAGAAAAAUUGCAGCAGAAAUUACUUCAAAGAGCAAAAGGAAAAAGAAACUGGCUGGAAGAGUGGUGGCUGAAUGUUGCCUACCUGGAUGUUCGUAUACCAUCACAACUGAAUGUCAACUUUGGGGGGCCUGCAAGCCAUAUUGAACACUACUGGCCUCCAAAGGAAGGCACACAAUUGGAAAGAGGAAGUAUAAGUCUUUGGCAUAACUUGAACUACUGGCAGCUAAUAAGAAAAGAAAAGUUAGCUGUUGAAAAAAUUGGAAAUACUCCUCUAGAUAUGAAUCAAUUCCGAAUGUUGUUUUCCACCUGCAAGAUUCCAGGAAUUACUAGAGAUUCAGUUAUUAAUUAUUUUAGGACUGAGAGUGAAGGACAUUCCCCAAGUCACCUUGCAGUGUUAUGUCGAGGCCGAGUUUUUGUCUUUGAUGUAAUGCAUGAAGGAUACCUGAUGACUGCGCCAGAGAUUCAGAGGCAAUUGACAUACAUCCAAAAGAAAUGCCACAGUGAACCUGACGGACCUGGGGUAGCAGCAUUAACUACCGAGGAGCGAACUCGAUGGGCUAAGGCACGAGAAUAUUUGAUUAGUCUUAAUCCCGAGAACCUGACUAUGUUAGAAAAAAUUCAGAGCAGUCUACUGGUAUUUUGUUUAGAUGAUGACAGUCCACAUGCUACACCAGAAGAUUAUUCUCAGGUUUCUGCAAAGAUUCUUAGUGGAGAUCCAACAGUACGCUGGGGUGACAAAUCUUAUAACUUGAUUUCCUUUUCUAAUGGAGUAUUUGGCAGUAAUUGUGAUCAUGCUCCUUUUGAUGGAAUGGUUCUGGUAAAAAUCUGCUGUUAUAUUGAUGAGAGCAUUAUUAAGAAUGAAGGAAGAUGGAAGGGCUCAGAAAAAGUACGGGAUAUACCGGUUCCAGAGGAGCUUGUUUUCACUGUGGAUGAAAAAGUAUUAAAUGACAUCGGCCAAGCUAAGGCCCAGUAUUUCAAGCAGGCAUCCGAUCUCCAGCUUGUGGUGUAUGCCUUCACAUCUUUUGGAAAAAAGCUAACCAAGAAGAAGCAGCUUCACCCUGAUACAUUUAUUCAGCUGGCACUUCAGCUGGCCUAUUACAGACUUCACGGACGUCCUGGUUGCUGCUAUGAAACAGCUAUGACAAGAUUAUUUUAUCAUGGCCGUACAGAGACUGUGCGACCGUGUACAGUAGAAGCAGUCAGUUGGUGCCAAUCCAUGCAGAAUCCUUCUACCAGUCUUCUUGAGCGGCAGCACAUGAUGUUAGAAGCUUUUGCAAAACAUAAUAAAAUGAUGAAAGAUUGUUCAACUGGAAAAGGAUUUGACCGUCAUCUUUUAGGCCUCUCACUCAUAGCAAAGGAGGAAGGCCUUCCUGUUCCAGAACUCUUCACAGACCCCCUCUUCUCCAGGAGUGGAGGAGGUGGAAACUUUGUUCUCUCAACGAGUCUGGUUGGGUAUUUUAGAGUCCAGGGAGUGAUGGUUCCCAUGGUGCACAAUGGCUAUGGAUUCUUCUAUCACAUCAGAGAUGACAGGUUUGUUGUGUCCUGUUCAGCCUGGAAAUCAAGUCCAGAGACUGAUGCAGAGAAGCUAGUUCAGCAGGUUUUUCAUGCUUUCCAUGAUAUGAUGCAACUGAUGGAAACGCCUCAUCUCUAG